UCAGAGGCCCGGGUGGGGGACGCCCCCAGCCUCGGCUGCAGGGGGCCGCGGAGGGGCGGGAGGGGGGACGUGGCGGCGGCUCAAGGAGGCGGAGCGGCCGCGCGGGGGCGGAGCCGCGGGAGGAGCCGCCGCGCUGGCCCCGCGCCGCCGCCGGAGCUUCUGGAAACGCCUGGACAGCGCGUGUCCAGCUGCUGCGCGGAGAACCGUAGUCACGGGCGGAAUCCAGCACACGGCCCUGGCUCGGGAGUCCAGAGAAGCCGAGGAACCGAAGAUCAGAUCCCGAGAGACCAGACACGAAACAGCGUGGCUGCUGCUUCUCAGCUCCUAUCACAUCUGGGGUGGCAGCUCCCAUAGUUUAGUUCUCUGACUCAGCGCUCUGUGACCAGUGACCAUGAAUCCUUGGGUGUCUGCCUUGCUGAUGGCCUGGUUUAGUGUCCUGUGCUCCGUGCAGGCUGAAUUCUUCACCUCGAUCGGGCACAUGACAGACCUGAUUUAUGCGGAGCAGGACCUGGUACAGUCUCUGAAGGAGUACAUCCUGGUGGAGGAAGCUAAACUCUCCAAGAUUAAGAGUUGGGCCAACAAAAUGGAGGCCCUGACCAGCAAGUCAGCAGCUGACCCUGAGGGCUACCUCGCCCACCCCGUGAAUGCCUACAAACUGGUGAAGCGGCUGAACACAGACUGGCUGGCGCUGGAGGACCUUGUUCUGCAGGAUUCUGCCGCAGGGUUUAUCGCCAACCUCUCCGUGCAGCGGCGCUUCUUCCCCACAGAGGAGGACGAGGCAGGAGCUGCCAAGGCGCUGAUGAGGCUGCAGGAUACGUAUAGGCUGGAUGCAGAAACUAUCUCCAAAGGAGAACUCCCAGGAACCAAGUACCAGGCACUGCUGAGUGUGGACGACUGCUUCGGGAUGGGCCGCUUGGCCUACAACGAAGGGGACUAUUACCACACAGUGCUGUGGAUGGAGCAGGUGCUGAAGCAGCUGGACACUGGCGAGGAAGCCACCACCACGAAGGCCGAGGCCCUUGACUACCUGAGCUAUGCUGUCUUCCAGCUGGGUGACCUGCACCGCGCCCUGGAGCUCACCCGCCGCCUGCUGGCCCUUGAGCCGAGCCACGAACGAGCUGGAGGCAAUCUGCGGUACUUCGAACGACUGUUGGAGGAAGAGAGAGAGAAAACAGUAUUGAAUCAGACGGGAGCUGAGCCUGCCACCCAGGAAGGCUUCUACGAGAGGCCCUCGGACUACCUGCCCGAGAGGGACGUGUACGAGAGCCUCUGUCGAGGGGAGGGCGUCAAACUGACGCCCCGGAGGCAGAAGAGGCUUUUCUGUAGGUACCACCAUGGCCACGGGGCGCCACAGCUGCUCAUCGCCCCCUUCAAAGAGGAGGAUGAGUGGGACAGCCCGCACAUCGUCAGGUACUACGAUGUCAUGUCUGAUGAGGAAAUCGAGAGGAUCAAGGAGAUUGCAAAACCUAAGCUUGCAAGAGCCACGGUUCGUGAUCCCAAGACUGGUGUCCUUACAACUGCCAGCUAUAGGGUUUCCAAAAGCUCCUGGCUGGAGGAGACUGAUGACCCAGUUGUGGCUCGAGUGAAUCUACGGAUGCAACACAUCACAGGGCUAACAGUAAAGACGGCAGAAUUAUUGCAGGUUGCUAAUUACGGAAUGGGCGGCCAGUACGAGCCACACUUUGACUUCUCCAGGAACGAUGAGCAAGAUGUUUUCAAGCAUUUAGGGACGGGAAAUCGAGUGGCCACGUUCUUAAACUACAUGAGUGAUGUAGAAGCAGGGGGUGCCACCGUCUUUCCUGAUCUGGGAGCUGCAAUUUGGCCAAAGAAGGGCACCGCUGUGUUCUGGUACAACCUCCUGCGGAGUGGGGAAGGGGACUAUCGGACGAGGCAUGCGGCCUGCCCCGUGCUUGUGGGCUGCAAGUGGGUCUCCAAUAAAUGGUUCCAUGAGCGAGGACAGGAGUUCUUGAGGCCAUGUGGAUCAACAGAAGUUGACUGACAUUCUUUUCUGCCCUGCCCCUUCCUGGCCCCACAGCCCAUGUUGUCUUCAGGUUCAAUAUGACAGACAUCUUUGUAGAUGUGAGACCUGGUGAGACAGGUCUGUGGAGGAGUGAAUGUUUGGAACAGAGAGUGGACUGGGGAGGGCUCUGAUCAAUCUGGGUCCCAGUCUCACGGUCACCCUGUCCAUCUCUGACUCCCAAAGACAGGGUUGGAGUGGCUAUAGCGGACUCAAGCUGCGUAGAGCACCUCACUCAAAGGUGCCUUUGUACCUCAGAUGUUUUUGGUGUGAGACAUUUCAGUGAACCAAAGUUCUGAUAAUUUGUUUACAUGUUUGUUUAUAUGACAUUUCUGUCAAUGUGGCUUUAACCAAAAAAUAAAAUGUCCCUGCCAAAAGCCUUAAAGAGCCUUAUUUGGAGUAUUUUUAAGAUGGGGAGCAUUUUACCAACUUCAUCAUGUCCAGUGUAUCUUUUCUAUGCAUGCACAGUCUGCUUAAUGAGCUCUAAUGGACAAAACCCUGAUUUUGGGUUUUAGACCUGGUUUUAAUACUUCUGUCUCUUCCAAACUUUAAUCUCUCUCUGGAAAGUGAACCUCUCUGCUUCCCAGUGAAUGUAGGAAACAUAUAUUUUAUGUUGGUAAUUCUUUUAUAAUUCAAACUGUCAUAUUUUUAAACUUUGAGGUUUACACUCAGAUGUAUUUGCUUGGGGACAUAUAUUAUGACCUAAAGAUAACAAAGGUCAGUGUAGGCCCCAUUUCACCACCACCCUGGGAGAGAAGAGAAUGUUUCCAGAUCUGCGUCUAAGGGGACAACUCGAUGGUAACCUUUGGUGGUUUGUAGUGGGCAGAUGCUUUGCUUUUUGGGGGUAGUUUCACUACCCAUGUCUACAUGGCUAAGUAGUUACCUUGUUUGUGCUGAUUUCAAACUUUUUACAAAUGGAAUAAGUGUAUUUGGGGAAGGUCAAUCCUUUUUUAGUUCGAUGAUUGUUUUUAAGACUCAUGCAUAUUGUGUAGCUGAAGUUUAUUUAAUUUUUAUAGUUCAUUCAGUCUUAUAAAUGUAUAUUUUAGGAUAACACCAUUAGACAGCAAACAUAUUACUGAUAGUCUUUUAAUUUGGUUUCAGUUUUUGUGUAUAGUGAAUAAUACUACAGUAGCUUAAUUUGUUUUAAAUGUGUCUGGAGAACUAAUAUAAAGUGUAAGACAUUUGCUUUGUGUGUAACCGACCCCAGUUUGAUCCUCAGAACCUCAUAUGGCUCCCUGACCACUGCUAGGAGGGAUCCCUGAACACAGAGCCAUGAGUGACCCAACACCUCCCAUCAAAAAGUUAAAUUUUUUUAAUUGAGUUAAAAAAGUUUAUACAUGUUAAUGCUUAUGCUUUAAGUAUACAAACUUAGUGCACCUGCACCACCAUUAUCCUUGUUACCAGCAUUUUUAUACACGAUCCUGGUGUACAUAAACAGAAUUCCUCUGAAUUCCUCUCAAUAACUAGAAGUGGAGAUGUUGGGUCUUUGUAGGUGAAUCCUCAACUUUACCAUGUACUGUAUUCCAUAGUAGGUACAAAUUCUCACAAGAAGUAAAUGAGAGUUCCUUUCAUUUGUUUGAUUUUUUUGUUUGGGGGCCAUACCCGACUAUGCUCAGGGCUUACUCCUGGUUCUGCACUCAGGGGUCACUCCUGGGCAGGGCACAGGGGACAAUCUGGGAUGCUAAGGAUUGAAUCCAGGUUGGAUGCAUACAAGGCAAGCACCUUGUCUCCUGUACUAUCUCCGGCUCCAUAAAUGACUUCUUUAUCCCUCUCAGUCUUUAUAGGUAUUGUCAUACUUUCGCAUUUUAGCUAGCUUGUUAAAUGUGGAGCAUGAACAUGGUUAUUAAUGACACUGAGCCCUUUUGUAUGUUUCAUUAGUCUAGUUUCUUCUUAAGUGUCAUGUCUUACUUGAAAAAUUUUAAUAUAUUAUGGAUUAAGAUCUUUGUUGAUUAUAUGCUUUGCAAUAUAUGUGUUAGGUUUGUCUUUAAUCUAUCUGUUAAUGAGCAGUUCUUAAUUUUUGUUAAAUAUAUCAAGUUUUCCCUUUUUUAUUAGAGCUUUAUAUAUUUUGUUUAAGAAAUUCUUCUAUGGGGGCUGGAGCGAUACCACAGCGGGUAGGGCAUUUGCCUUGCACUCGGCCGACCCAGGUUCGAUCCCCGGCAUCCCAUAUGGUCCCCUGAGCGCCGCCAGGAGUAAUUCCUGAGUGCAGAGCCAAGAGUAACCCCUGAGCAUCGCUGGGUGUGACCCAAAAAGCAAAAAAAAAAAAAAAGAAAAAAAAAAGAAAUUCUUCUAUGGGCUAGAGUGAUAGCACAGCAGGUAGGGCAUUUACCUUGCAUGUAGCCGACCCAGGUUCGAUUCCUCCACCCCUCUCAGAGAGCCUGGCAAGCUACCGAGAGAAUCUUGUCCUCACAGCAGAGCCUGGUAAACUACCCGUGGUGUAUUCGAUAUGCCAAAAACAGUAACAAGUCUCACAAUGGAGAUGUUACUGGUGCCCGCUCUAGCAAAUUGAUGAGCAAUGGGAUGACAGUGAUUGACAGUGAAGAAAUUCUUCUAUAUUAGGCACAGCUCUUUAGAAUAGGUAAUUAAGAUGACGAAUAUAUUUCCUAUGUUCUUUUCUAAAAGCAUCAGAAUCUUGAAUUUCCAUUUGUGUCUUUAAUACAUCUGGGUUUUAUUUUUGAAUGAGGUCCAAGGAUCUGCCUGAAAAUUUUUUCACAUAUUUUAUUCCUCUUGACUGGACUUUUCAUUUUUGUAAUCUAGGACCAAGGGGAAAUCUUGAUUUUGUUUUUCCCUGGAGACUUCCAAGAUUUCUGCUAGUUUCUUUACCUCUAAACAGAGGUUGGGUCAUUUAUCUAAAUCCUUAGUCUCUUACCCUGUAUCUAGAAUAAAAAAAUAACCUAAGUAUAAAAAAGGCUACAGAUUUUGUCUCACUACUUUGAGAUUCAUCUUUUCUUAGGAUCCAGCAUUCGUGGUUAUUUUUGACAUGAAUGUUGGUUUACUUAAUCUUGGCUGGAAUUGGAAAUCAAGUGUUCACUUGAUUUUACAAGUUCUUUUUUACGUGAAAUAAAAAACAGACAGAAAACCUUGUCUGAUCUCUUUCUUUGUUAUCUAUUAUAACAAGAUGUUCUACAUUCAUCUUGAAUGUUUCCUACAUUAAGCAUUGAGUCAUAGGAAUCUGUUGUGUGUUGUUUUUUGUCAGUUUCAUUGCAGCUGAAAACAAAGACAGGAUAAUCUUAGAUACAGGAAAUUAUUUUCAGUAAUCUUUAUUAACUUAUUUAGUUUUGCAGUGAAUUCAUAGUCAAUUCUAUGGCACCAAAGAAUUGAGCAUUUAGUAUGCAUUUGAUAGUGUGCUAGGGAUAUUAUAGUCUGUCAUUUUAAAUAUGCAGCUCUAAAUAGGUAAUGAAGAAACUGCAAAAAAAAAAAAAAGAAACUGCAGGUUGGAAAGGUUAGGUAAUAUAAGUGAAGUCACAUGAGAUCUCAUUGCUGGUCAGUGAAAAGCCUGGGAAUAAAACUCUGAUCUGGAAACUUUCCAAAGCCUUUGCUCUAAAAAAAGUAAGUGAUACUUUCAUACAUUCAGUAGUUAUUAAUGAUCAGAUGAGGAAAGAAAACUAAAUUAAUUUCUUUUACCUUUAAAGAAUCUAGACUAAUUGUAGAGAUUCUUAAAUGGAUGUGUGAAAUGUGAGAAGUCUUAUAAUAGUGUCCACGAAGCACAAGAAAGUGAGGGUAUAUAUCAACUAGGGACAUUUGCACUAGAGUAAGCAACAUUAAGCCUGGGUCUUAAUGUAAGUAGAAAUGUGCUCUUUUUUCUCAGUUGAAAUAACAUGUGCAUGAAUUAAAAAUUGGGAAGGAGAAGAGUUGUCCUCAGAAGAGGUAAGAAGAAUGAAUAAUUCUUCCUUACCCUACUACUACUUUCUAACUCUAAUUCCCUUUCCUUCCACACACCUCCAUUCUCAGUUUAAAGGUUGAAGAACCACAGUACUGGACUCAUAUGUUAACUUUUUUUCCUUAUUUUUUUUUUUUAGGGACUGGAGAGAUAGUACAAUAGGUAAGGUUGGCCCAGGUUUGAUCCCCAACAGCCCAAAUGAUCCCCUGAGCCUCACCAGGAGUGAUCCCUAAAUGCAGAGCUAGGAGCAAACCCUGAGCACUACCGGGUGUGCCCCCUCCCCAAAUAAACAAAAACCAAAACAACACAAAAGGGGGGCUGCAGAGGUAGUACAGGGGUGAGGCACUUCCCUUGCAUGAGGCCAGCCCAGUUUAAUACCAGCAGCCCAUAUGGUCCCACAAACCCUGCCUGGAGUGAAAACUAAGCGUAGAGCCAGUUUGUUUUGUGACCCCAAACCCAAACCAGAACAACAACCCAAAAAAAAAAAAAACCUGCAUAUGAGGACCUAGGAGAUAAAGGGUGAAAAGAACAUGUUUUCAUGUUUGAGGCCACAGAUUUGAUCUCUGGCAUCACAUGUUCCCCUUCAGAACUACUGGAUGUGGUCCUUUUGGCCCCCAAGCACCACUGGGUGGCCUUGGUGACACCUAACACUGCUGGGACCAGCAAUCACUGCACUGCAUCACUGGCCCCAAGCAUCAAACCAGGCCUGUACUGCCAGGUAUGGAAUGUUAUUAAUAGGGAUUUCUUGGGCUUCCAGCACUGCUGGGAAUGACCAGCACCCCUUUCCAAUCCAUAUAUGAAGGGUUGAGGAGAUAGCUAAAAGGGAUGGAGGGCAUGCCUUGCAAACCAUGAGGCCCUGUUCAAUCUUCAGCACAGCAAGGAACUUGGAGCACAAAGGUUGUCACCCUGGUUGCCCCAGCACCACGAGGUAUGAGCAGUGAGUUGACAGACCUGCACCUCCUGGCCAAGUGUGACCCCAGAGCUCUGAAUACCAGUGCAUAGACCACCCCUCCCAGUGAAUAAAUAGGAAUAAGACUCCUGAGGGUUAUAAAGAUCAAAGUCAAUCCAAGCACUUAAAGCAAAUUAAAGAUAUCUGUCAAAUAUUAAAAGAUGUAAUAUCAAAUGAUGAAGUAAAAUAUAGUUGUAAUAGUUGUAGCACUGUAGCACUGUCAUCAGUUGUUCAUUGAUUUGCUCAAGUGGGCACCAGUAACAUCUCCAUUGUGAGACUUAUUGUUACUGUUUUUGGCAUAUUGAAUAUGCCACAGGUAGCUUGCCAGGCUCUGCUGUGUGGACGGGAUACUCUCGGUAGCUUGCCGGGCUCUCCGAGAGGGACGGAGGAAACGAACCUGGGUCGCCGCGUGCAAGGCAAAUGCCCUACCCUCUGUGCUAUCACUCCAGUCCAAGAUAGUUAAACAGAAAUAAUCUUGGUGCAAACAAAUUACAAAUUGCUAUAUAUUGUGCUUAUGGAAUGAUAAUUUUACCUAAGAUAAAUGUAAGGGUUUAUACUUUUUAAAAAAAACAUCACUAUAUACAAAACUGUUUAAUAUAAGUCUUUGCUUCUAAUAAAGGAGAGCAAAUACCUUGUUUUUGUUUUGCUAUGAGGUCAUAUUGGUGGUGCUCAGGGCUUACAUCUAGCUCUGUGUCCAGGGAACACUCUUGGUGGGGCUCAGGGAACCAUCUGGGGUAUCAGGGAUUGAACCCUGGUCAGCCAUGUGCAAGGCAGAUGUCUUUCCUGGUGUACUAUUGCUCUGGCCCUGCAAGUAACUCUUUGAUUAAUCUAAAGCUUUGCAAAAGAUGUGAAUAUACCUGCUGAAUAUGAAAAUUAGAAGAAUAAAAUAUGCUAAAUUGG